UGGAAUAUACUCUGCAAGACAAACAAAAAAACCCAAACAAACUGAAUCACUAUGCUGUAUGCCUGAAAAAAAAAACCACAAAGGGAAAAAAUGUCAUAUUCUUGGUGCUAAAAAGAAAAAUAGGAACCCCUUCUGCACAACCACUGAAAUAUCUCUGUAAGAAACUGACUAGGAAAAACUCCUGCUGUAGUCCUUCUCUCUCAGAUGGAGAAUCUGAGCAAGGCCCAGUGUUUUGCCCAGGGUCAAAUCCAGUUAGUGAGCCAGAGAGACUAGAACUCACCCCUAAAUUCCACUUGGAGGUAUAUUCAGUCACAGCCUGUAGCUGAGCAGUGCUAGUCUUGACAUAAUAUUGUGUCUAAACCACAAUAGUCUGUGGAAGAUUUAAAAACAGCAGGUAAUAUGUUGGCAGUUGAAAAACAAUGUGUCAAUUACACUAGUCGCUCAGUUUCUCCUCCAGGCAGUUUCUGAGCUUUAAUUCUAGCUGAUGGCGCUAACACUCCCUAACUUUUGCCUACCAGCUGGCUGAAGUGGCAGUUCUCACAUGCGCUUUGGUGAUGUCCCUUGGUGUCCUAGAGUGGGUCCAAGUGUCAGGAGUGAUAGGAGAAGAGGAGAACCAAGGAACGACAUGAAGUAGCUGAGGCUGUUUUUCAGCAUGGUGUUUCAAGCUUUUUUUUUUUUUUUUUUUUUUUGCUAUUUCUUGGGCGGCUCCCGCGGCAUAUGGAGGUUCCCAGGCUAGGGGUCCAAUCGGAGCUGUAGUCUCCGGCCUACGCCAGAGCCACAGCAACACGGGAUCUGAGCCGCGUCUGCAACCUACACCACAGCUCACGGCAACGCUGGAUUGUUAACCCACUGAGCAAGGGCAGGGACCGAACCCGCAACCUCUUGGUUCCUAGUCGGAUUCGUUAACCACUGCGCCACGACGGGAGCUCCUCAAGCUUUUUUUUUUUUUUUUCCCCCCACUGUAAUCCACAGUAAGAAACAUAUUUUACAUUGCACCUUAGAUCUCUCUCUCUCUCUCUCUCUCUCUCACACACACACACACACACACACACAUCCCAUUCGCAUGAAUAAUUGAAACAAAAGGUUCAUGAAACAGUUCUUACUUUACAAAUGCAUGCCAUAUACUGAUGUUUUAUACUUUGUCCUAUUUUACUAAAAAAAAAAAAGUCUUUAUUGAAUUGAUUUUGCUGCUCACAACCUUUGGAGAAUCUGCUUGCUGUGCUUGGAUCUGAAAGAUACGCGCAUGCUUUUUUUAGGGCAUCGAUUUUGGCACAGAAUGUGCAGGUGAUUGUGUGGCCCAUCUGGGUUAGUCUUCAAUUAACAGGAGCAGCUUAAGGAAAAUGGAAAGUGUUCUGAACUCCUCAGAGCCUCCUCUCUCUAAAUAUCAAGAUGUACAGCUGGCUCCCACAAGGAUUUUCCUUCAGUUGCUACUUGACUGUUAGAAAAAGCUGCUGUUUGAUUUAAGCCCUCAAAUAAUACAAUUUAUCUUUUCAUAUUGCAUGUCCAUUUGAAUGUUUCCCCCCCAAAGCCUCUCCUACACGUCCCCUUCUUCCUGGCCGCCCAAGCAUGCUUUUAUUCAUUUGGGGACAACCUUGAAUGAGAAGCCUGUGCUUGGGUCAGCGCUGCCUCUCCCCGCCCCCCACUGCCAGGAGCCAGCACUGAGCCUGCCUCUGGGUCUGUUCUGUGACUGCUUGUCCAGUUUAGUUUCUCAAUUUAUGCUCGUGGUAUGUAAUGCCCUAUUACUUCAUGACAUCUAAUCUUUAAACCUGAGGUUUAUAAUGGUUUUUGAAUGCACACUUUUAGCCUAUGGAAAUUUGUAUUUCAAGAUUUUUUUUUUAAUUUGACAUAGUGAACAAAAGUGGCCCUUUCCCCAUUAUGGACAGUGAAUUAAUAAAUGAAAAGCCCUUUCCAUAUGUACCUUCUGAAAUUUUAAAUAAAGGAGGAGCCAGGUGCAUGAGGUUCCUGUUUGUUGUUUUCCUAAGACUCUUCGUGCCCCAAAUAUGGUUGCCAUGGCAAUAAACAGACCAUGACCUUCCUGGCUACUAGGUCCUCAUGUUAGCGCCACCCUGCCCCCUCAUCGUUCUUAGUUUUCUUCUUCAUCCCUCCUCUGUCUCAGCCUUAGCCUUGUUUCCUGGCGCCCGCCCCUCUCACUUCCCACAAUAGGUGCUUGUAGGGCUUCUGAAUUUUUGUUAUUGGAAAACCAGGCUUUUAUGAUGAGGACCUAAAGCCAGGGAUGUAGUCAGCCGGUUCAUGGUCAAAUAAAUAGUCGGGCUAGGGAAGUGUAACUUAAGCCUGAAAGGAGUAAGAGUUGCUGCGGUACCUCAGAGAAUUACCUAAUAAAGGAGUAAGUAACAUUUGUGGUUCAUUGUUUCACAUUAAUGAGCAGGCAGACAAGCCUUUCCAUGUGAAAAUACACACUGUAGGAUGAAUCAGACUUUACAAUUCUUUCAUGAGUGGGUGUGUGAGUCAUUUAGUGGGGACUCUUUGGGGGAAUUUGUAAGUUAAAGUGAAAAAAAAAACCCAUAAUCCCCUUCUGAGAGAAACUUUUUCUAAUGUUGUCUCUAUAAUUGGCCCAUUCCUCCCUCCUCUCCCCCCAGUUGUUUAUUUUGUCAUUUCUUAUUAUCCCAACCAGAACUCGGCUUAAUUAUAGCGUUUCUCACCUUGUCUUGUAAUUAUGUGCAAUGUAAUCUACUAGAAUCAUCUCUUUGCUAGUACUUGUUUUGCCAUCUCUCUCCUGUUAGGAUGAGCUCCUUGAGUAAAGAAAUGACUGUUACAUUUGUAUCCUCAACGCCUAAUAAUAGUGCCUGUCUCUGUUAUUGUAAGGAAUAAGGAAUAAGGAAUGAACAAGAUAGGGAACAGCUCUGGAGCCAAUCCAGAUUCCCAGUGGUGACGGAUCUUGUGUUCACAGUGUGUAAAAAAUGAUGCAGACAGACUCCAAGCUCAAGGUCUUCAUCACACCACUCCUACCCCCAGGUCUUGCCCGGGACCUCUGUUACCCAGUAGUCAAAGCUGCAGUGCUUUAAAUUUGAAAUCAACUGCUUAUUAAAACCUAUGGGAAUGAACCCUUUGUGUAGAAAGAAUUUAGGGUUAUGCUCGAACUCCCUUCAUAGUGUUGAAGGGGAUUAUUGUCUUGGUGUCGGGAAAGCCUUAAAUCCCAUUAGUUUGAAUGUGGUAAAGUGUUUAUGUUCUCUUCAGAAAUGCCUGAAAAUUUGAGAAAAUUCUCAGUGUCUGUAGGUGACUCUGAGUUUUGGCAGCAAGCUGCAUAUUUUGCCAGGAGCCAAAUUUUAAGUUUUAUUGUCUUUCUGGAAACAUAUCUGUGAAAUAAUGGAAAUAGUGACAAAAUAUGCUUGACAUUUUAAAAGUUUCUAAAAUCAUGUUGUUUACUUGUCUCCAAGUCAGAUGUAUGAAUUAAACAACAACAACAACUUUUAUGAUAUCCUGACGUUGGGCUAUGACAUUAUUAAUACAAAGUUUAAAAAAUAUAUUAAAUUUUAUAUAUAUGUACUGACUGAUGACAGUUCUUUACUUCUGAAUUCAUGGAAGUGGAAGUCAGAUUUUAGUUGUUGAUUAAGGUCCUACUAUUACAAUAAAAAAUUUUGGGAUUUACCCAGAAUGUGGGCUACUGGAUUUCCUUGAUAAACUCUAUUUUAAUUUUUUUUUUUGAGAGGAACAGUAGUUGACCUAGACCUUGAGUUAAAUAUAAAGACUGCAGGAUGAGAUGGAGGUGGGGGUGGUGUCUACUCUAGCAAUUGAGAGGGUCAUUUGCAUUGUUCCCAUGGGGCCAUACAGUGAUUCUUGCCACUAAGUGACAGAACAGACAGGGAGUUCCCAUUGUGGCUCAGCGGGUUAGGAACACAACUAGUAGCCAUGAGGAUGUGUGUUUGAUCCCUGGCCUCCCUCAGUGGCCAUGAGCUGUGAUGUAGGUUUCGGACGUGGCAUGGAUCCCCAGUUGCUGCAGCUGUGGUGUAGGCCAGCAGCUGCAACUCUGAUUUGACCCCUAGCCUGGGAACUUCCAUAUGUCUCAGAUGGGGCCCUUUAAAAAAAAAAAAAAGAAAAAAAAAAGGGCAGACCUUAGACAGGAUCUCCCCUUGCCCUGCCUGCCCUCCCCUGCCCUUCCCACCACCUCUGUCUCAUUGUACCAGCAGAUCCAGAGAGGUUAAGUAGCUUGUCACAAGAGGCAGCACAGGGGGGCCCAAGAAGCCCCUAUGUCAUUGACAUUCUGGUUCUUCUCCUCUUCAUUAGCAGCUCCCUGCCCCUCCACAUGUAGACACUCAUAGUCCAAGUUCACACCAUGUGUGAAAGAACCAGUUACCUCUUUUUUCACAUUUUGCUCUUGGCUUUCCUCUGUGUCUGUUACUCACCCACAUUCACUCUGUGUAGCUCUCCAUCUUUGUUUUUCCCCUACCAGUCUAUCUCGUCCCCUUUCCUCUGUUUCUGAUCAGGUCUCUUCCUUUGCUGUAUUUCCUUCCUUUUGCCCCUCCUUCUAUCUUAAUUGGCUGGUAUAUAGAAUAGCAAUGUUGUAAUAAUUGGAGUUUUUCAGUUACAUGUAACAGAAACUGGCUGUGACUUGAACAAGCUCAAAACUUUAGAAUGAAUUUCCCGGUAGUUUAACCAAAAGGUGGAAGUAAGGGCUCCUGUAGCCUUCCCUGUUUAAUAAGCUCUUUAUUCAUUUUAGUAGGAAACAUUCCCUUCGGACUGUUUCAUUUGUUCAUUCUGUCACUGAACAAAUCAUUAUUGAGCACAUAUGCCAGAUAUUCUUUUAGGUUCAAAGAAUAUAGCAGUGAAAAGGAGAGAUAAAAAUCCUUGUCCUCAUAGAGCUUAUCUUCUGCUGGGGGAGACAGACAAAUAAAAGGUUGGCGAUAAAGCUGUGUGGUGGGUGGGCUAGUGUCUGGCUGGCUACUUCAGCCUGGAAGUUCAGAGAAGCUGUCGUUGAGGUGAUUAACAGUUAAGCUGAUAAAGAGGAAGAACUAUUUUUCUUCCUUCCUUCCUUUCUUUUCCUUUUUUGGCCUCCCCUGUGGCAUAUGGAAGUUCCCAGGCCAGGGAUGGAAUCAGAGCCAGAGCUUUGACCUAUGCCACAGCUGUAGCAACACCGGAUCCUUAACCGUCUGUGUUGGAGCAGGGAUCAAACCUGCAUCCCAGUGCUCCAGAGACACUGCUGAUCCUAUUGUUCCACAGUGGGAACUCUGGGAUAACGUUUCUAAUAUUGGUUCUCAACCAUAAUUAUGUAUCAGAAAUACCCUUGGACAAGACCUGUCAUAUCUGACAAAUCAGACUCUCAUGGGAAAGAAAUCAGGGCAUCCAUAUCUUAAAUAGCUUUAAAGGUUUUUCUGAGGGAUAUCUGAAGUUGGGAUCCCCUGGCGUGGAAGCUCUGAAAUAACCUGGGAGAGAUGAUUCAUGAAGCCAGGAACGUUUGUACCCUUACUUGGUGCAGUCCAUGGUGCUUGAUACCGUAACUGCUGAAGAAGAAAUUAAUUGCCUCUCUGUAGAAUCGUGGGGAAUCACCUGCUCAUCUCCUUCUUUUCCUUUUUUCCUUUUCCUCAUUUUCUUUGGAAGUCUUGCUGCUGCUCAAAAGAGAGGGGUGAGAAAUAGCUGACCGGGGUGAAGGGUGGGGGAUGUUUUCUGGAAGCAGCGAAGCUACCUGCAGUAGUGAGUGAGAAGAGGAGAGAAAUUUCUCGUAGCUGAAGGGAAGGCAGAUGGACUUCCUAUAUAUUAUGUAUUAGGUUUGUAUGCAGUGGAUCUGUGGGUUGGAUUUAAGUUACUUAAGUUGAAGUUUCCUUCACUUGUUUUAGUUCUACUUUGUGAAAUUAGUAAAAGUAUUUAGGGAAUGUGGUUACUCCUUAAAAAAAAAUUAUGUACAUUUAAGAAUGAUAAAUCCUGUUAUGUUCUUCUAGGGUACUGACUGUCACGUGGCAUAUAUUUGAACACUUUGCCCUAAUGCACGGUCAAAUUGCUACAGAAUCCUUUCUGCAAACACCUGACCGGGUGGGCAAAGCUCUUGUUUCUCCUGCUUUCUCUAAGCAACAACUCUUUGUAAAUACUGGAAGAGAACAACCAGUUCCUUGUUCGUGUUCAUUGUUGGUUUUCUAUUCUUGAGUCAUUUCAAAGAACAGCAGCUUACAAAUUACUAUGAGAUUCUAGGUUUGAGAUUUAGUUCCCAUGCUGUGUGGCUUGUGUCUUAGAAAUCUUCUAUUUGAAAAAGAGUAAGAUGACUGUAUUCAAAACAAAAAAGCUUUUUUGUUUUGGUUCCUCAGGUAUAUUCUCUAGUUACUAAAAUGAGUACAAUGGAGCCUCUGGUCUACCUCCUCCUCUCCUAGGAGAGCUUUGGCUGCCGUGAGUUGCCAUAGUCACAGGAAGCGAGCCACACUUUCGUCUUACUGCUCUCCCACCCGGGUUGGGUUCCAUACCUGGCUGGUUUGGCUGUCUUCCUUUUGUGUGUAUGCAGAAAGUUUUUGACCUUUCUCAUUCACUUUUCUUCCCAAUUAUCUCACUCUGUUUACAUUCGGAAAAUCUUCUUCCUACCAUAUUUGCCCUGCCUCCCAUUGCCUCGGAUUUGAAAUCAGUCUUAAUCGAAAGGCCAAAUAUCGAGGGAAGUGAUGCAUUUUGAAGUUGAAUUAGAUAUAAUAAAGUACCAAUCAGACAUUUGAAAUAAUGCAAGCUUCACUUUAGAGUCAUUGUAAACAUGUUCACUGAUCUCUUCAUGUUUUUCUAACCUAGGCUUUCUCCAAGCACUAACAUUGAGAAAAGAUAAUUUGAAAAGCAAACACACUUAUUUAAUUACUUAGUUUUAGUUUUUGAAAUAACAUAAUAUGGAAUAUAUAAUCAUUUUUGGACCAAGCUACAAGACUAACAACCAUAAGAUUUUGUCUUUGGGAAACCAUUUCCAGAAAUCUAAAUACUAGCUUUUACAAAUAAGCUUUUGGAAUAGAACUCAUUUGCAAGCUAAAGACUUUCUGUAAUGGUUAUAGGUGGUAAGAGGAUUUAAACACUGAUUCUUGAUCUUUUACAGUGGAUCUGUCAUCCGCAUCUUCAUUCUAAGUGAAGUUACGGGUCUUGCCAUCUAAGUUUGAUCAAAUUCAAUCCUUGGUUUAAAGAACAUACUUGUCUCACUUUUAAAAACCUUUCUCUCUCUCUCUCUCUUUUUUUUUUUUAAGGGCUGCACCUGUGGUACAUGGAAGUUCCUAGGUUAGGGGUCAAGUCGGAGCUGUAGCUGCGGGCCUACACCACAGCCACAGUAACACUGGAUCCUUAAUCCACUGAGCGAGGCCAGGGAUCGAACCUGCGUCCUCAUGGAUAUGAGUCGGGUUCGUUACUGCUGAGCCACAAUGGGAACUCCAUAAAUGUUUCUUUCUUAAUUUGAAAGGUUUAUUUAUUUAUUUAUUUAUUUAUGUUAUAAACGAAAACUCAUACUAUACCCAGAAGUAAGCAGCGAAACUCAGCAGGAGGAGUUUUUAAUAUGAAACCAUUUCAUUUGAGAGUAUGCAUUAUUCAAGCGAUAUUCUAGAGUGAGUGUAUUUUUGUGUUUUAUGCAGAGGCUGCCUUCUGAAGAUGAAAGAUAUAUGAAAUACCAGGUUAUAUUUGUCUGUGUGUUGUAAUGUAACAGCCUUGUACUCAGCUUGUGUGAGACUAGGGCCUCAGUUUUUCUUGGGAUUAAAUAUUUUCUCCUUUUCCUUUUUAAAGAGUCCCUUCGGACUGCUGUGUGCUGAGAACAUUGGUUUAGUGUUCCUUGGUUUGCUUAAUAAGGCCUGGGCUAGUUCACUGAGACCUAACGAGCACAGCAAGGUCUAUUUUGAACAUGAGCUUUCUUCAGGCAAGAGAGGGCUGUAGCACUGAGACGCUGCUAGCAAGAGAUAUAUGUUUGACGUGGCUGCAGCUGUCAGCUUUGGAAGGACAUCUUUUCAGGCUGAUUAUGAAAACUCUGGUUCCCAUCAAAUUAGAUGGGAAGACACACAUAGGCAUGGCUGUCUGCAGUUCUCUGAAGUUGCCCAUCAAAGAGCUCCCACUGACUUCUCUCUAAUGACACCUCUGAGAGUAGGGGAGAGAGUAUUUCUGUUUUUAACUAAUUCUCUUGUAAUUAGAAUAAAGUCCACUGCUUCCUCACGAAUCUCAAAUCCCAAGUUCAAAUUCAAAUGUGGAGAGAUAACACAUGAGAGGAGUACAGAGCAGACAUGACCUUAACCAAAAUGCACAGUCAUUUCUAGACCUCGUUCUCAUGAGGAUGCCAGGUGGUUGUUAAGUAUUUUGGGCAGAAAUAAGCCAUGGAGAUAGAGAACUGACAUGAGGGUUUGCCUCUCUUUGAUAAUUAGUGUUGCCUCCAUGUUGUUAAGCAGAUGCUUUGUCUAAUACUCUGCAGGCCUUGUAAUCUGUGGUUUGUAACAGACUCAAACUUGAAGAACAGGAAGAAUGACUUACCUUCUUUUACAAAGUGUUCAAAGGCUAGGAGACAAGAUGCAUGCAUUCUUGCUCCGUUUUAAUUAGACGUGUGGCAUAAACUUAGACUGAAUAAUGCAAGUUGUUUUAAAUAUUCCGUUCCAUUUCUGGCUUGUAAUUAGACGUACCUAUCUAAUCUGUGAUUGUUUAACCCUGAAUAUUUUUAUUUCCGUAAGCAGUUAGAACAAAAGUAGAAUCAGUUGUGCAUUUGGGAAAUGUUUGCCUUUUUCCUAUUUUUAAAUUUUAUUUUAAAGUUGAAUGCAGAUAUUGUUUUCUCCGUCACUGGUUAUAAUGGGAGGAAAUGAUUAAGAAGAAAAAAUGUUGCUAAAAAUAAAAAAAUAAGCAUUUUGUUUAUGCUAAAAUAUGACUAUUAAGACUUAAUGCUGUCUUCAGGAAAAAGCAGCCUAUAAAUUAAGUGCUCUGACACUUAAGAAGUCUGAGAACUGCGGAGGGAGUUCCCGCUGUGGCUCAGUGGAAACAAACGUGACUAGCCACCAUGAGGAUGCAGGUUCAAUCCCUGGCCUUGCUCAGUGGUUUAAGGAUCCUGUGUUGCCAUGAGCUGUGCUGUAGGUCACAGACGCGUCUCAGAUUUGGCGUUGUUGUGGCUGUGGCAUAGGCUGGCAGCUACAGCUCUGAUUCAGCCCUUAUCCUGGGAGCCUCCAUGUGCUGUGGGUGUGGCCCUAAAAAGCCAAAAAAAAAAAAAAAAAAAAGAAGAAGAAGUCUGAGAACCAAACUCUUGGGAGCCAAGGAAGAGACCUUAACAAUUUUAUGUUUCAAUUCUUUGCAGUUUCUCACCUCACAGUGUGCUUUUAUAGAUGUUCGUCCCAUGGACUUCUGUGGUUUAUUUUUUGUAGAUAACUGGUAAUUGCUUUCCUCUCCUAAACACAAACCCCACCUGGUAAUUUUAUUCUUUUGUUUGUGAGAAGUUCAGGUAAGGAGAAAUGAGUACCACAUCACCUCUCUUCUGGUUACUUUGUUGGAGAGAUGUGGGCCAGCUCAGUGAUCUUUUGAUAUUUUGACAAUGGCUUGGUAGAAGCCAGUGCAUUUGCUUUAUGGUUGUUGAUACAAAGGCACCAGGAGACAGAGGAGCCCAUUGGAACUGAGAGUGGCAUCAACAUCUGUACGUUAAAAGGAGAGGGUUGGACUAGGUGAUGGUCUGUCUGUGUGUUACGGCUUUGGUAUGUACAGUCAUGAGGGAUGUUUAUGGCUUUAGGGCUAAGGUGUCAGAAACGGUAGCACUUGUGGGUCCAGACUCAUGUGGAGACAGACAGGAAAGGAGAAGAAAAAAAUACUUGGGGGUCAAAGUAUUUUUCCUGUGGUCCUUUCCUAUAGAAACUCAAUGUGCCAGAUAUACUUCUGAGCACUUUACCUACGUCAGUCACUUGAUCUUCCCUACAAACAGCCGAUGAAGCGGUCACAGUAUUGCCUUCACUUCAGGAGAUGGAAGCACAGAGAAUUAAUGUGAUGGAGCCCAUGAGGGAAGAGCCUGGAUCUGAACCCAGGCAGCUUGGCUGUGGACUUGGAGUGCCUAGCCCCCACUGCACUCUGUCACCUGCUCUCUAGGUAGAUGAUCAGUAUUCCAUGACUGUAUCAUGCUUGUCCUCACAUAAAAUACUCUCCCUUCACCAUCUCUUCAUGCAGCCGUUGAAUGUUUUUUGAGUGUGUGCUAUGUGCCAGGCACAGUGAUGAGUCCUUCAGAUGGAGAAGAGACAGACAUCCUGCAGAAGGAGUUACAAGCCUAGCUAGGGAGGCAGACUAAAAUAACCCCUGAAGUGUGUGAUGGCAAACCAGGCUAAGAGUUUGAAGGAGAAGGGUGCAAGCUUUGGGAACAUAAGGCAGGGGGGCCUGAUCUCCUCCAGUUGCCAAAGAAGGCGGCCCUAUCAAGGUGACUUGUGCUGUGGUGCCAAGGAAGGGAAAGGGAGGCCACCUAAAUGCUACCACAAUGACAGGACUAUCUCCCAGCCCCCUUUAGAGCCCUUGUUCUCCAUAUCUUUAAGUCCCAUAAAGACAUUGCAGGCUUUUCUGGUGUCCCUGUAUGUGCACAGGUUCCUAUGCAGAUUAUAAGCAUUAAGUGAGUACAUAUUGAUCUUUGGUGACUGUGGCCCCUUCUACCUCCUGCUUCCUACCUUUUGUCUGUUGGGAGUGGCCAAGUGUAGCUUCAGAACAGAUAUGGGGACGUGGGAGAGCAAACGUCUGGGUCAGGUAGUAUGACUGGCUCUCAGAAUACUUCCUAGAAGCUAAUACAGAACAUUUGUCUAGAGCUCUUAUGCUUGAAAUCAGUCUCUUUUAAUACAUCAUUGAAGAAUUGUCUCUACGUAUCUAGUUUGAUGCUUUCAUAUAAUGGGAUCAGAAAGUUAAUUUCACUGGCUCCUCUGGACGUUACCACUAAAGUUGUAGUGACACAUUAAAAAAAUCUCAUUUACUAAUUAUUAAAUAAACUGAAUUAACCUUCUAGGGCAGAUACACUUGUACAUUACCGGGUUAAAGUAGUCAUUCGCUAAACAUAUGCGUGCUUACGCAACAUCUGCCUGACAGGAUGCUUUGUAGGGCUUAUAGAGGGUGCGGUGCUUGGUUACUGCACUUAAGGAGCUACCUGCUUUAGUAUAAAGGAAAAUAAUCACAACAGAGCCAUGAGGGGCCCAUCAGGGAGUGGUUGGGGGCGCCUGCGGGGAGCUUGGCUGCCUGACUCCACUGCACCCUGGCUGUGUGACCUGGAGGCAGCUGAUUCUCCUCAUUUGACACAGAAAAUGGAAAUGGGUAAUCUAUUUAAAGAAGACACCAGAAGAAGCCUACAGAGCACUCCUUUCUGGCUCAAACCCCCCCUAUCUUCCAUUCAGGGAUGCUUCCUUUGGAAAUUGCACUUACAAUCUCACCAUCCUCGACUGUUUGCAGGGAAUCAGAAAGGUUAUCCGCUUCACGCCCCCGAGGCCUACUUUCCUUAUUUCAAAAAGCAUAACGUGACUGCAGUUGUGAGGCUGAACAAAAAGAUCUACGAGGCGAAGCGCUUCACAGACGCCGGCUUCGAGCACUACGACCUCUUCUUCAUCGACGGCAGCACACCCAGCGACAACAUCGUGCGAAGGUUCCUGAACAUCUGCGAGAACACCGAGGGGGCCAUCGCGGUUCACUGCAAAGCUGGUCUUGGAAGAACAGGGACGUUGAUAGCCUGUUAUGUCAUGAAACACUACAGGUUUACACAUGCAGAAAUAAUUGCUUGGAUCAGAAUAUGCCGGCCUGGCUCCAUCAUAGGGCCACAGCAGCACUUCCUGGAAGAAAAACAGGCAUCGUUAUGGGUCCAAGGAGACAUUUUCCGAUCCAAACUGAAAAGUAGACCAUCCAAUGAAGGAAGUCUUAAUAAAAUUCUUUCUAGCUUGGAUGAUAUGUCUAUUGGUGGAAACUUAUCUAAAAUUCAAAAUGUGGAGAGAUUUGGAGAGAAUAAUUUAGAAGAGGAUGAAGAUGUGGAAAUGAAAAAUAAUAUCACCCAGGGAGACAAACUACGUGCCUUAAAAAGUCAGAGACAGCCACGCUCCUCACCGCCCUGUGCCUUUCGGUUGGGCGACAUGAAAGGGCAUCCAAGAGCAGCAUCCCAGCCUUCCAGAUUGAGUUCCUCCCCACAAGGAUCUGCAUCUACUUUGAAGACCUCAAAAGUGGCUUUGUCCCCUUCAGUGACAGCCAAAAGGAUAAACAGAGGAUCUCUGUCCUCAGGCGCCGCCGCUGUAAGAAGCUUUUCCAUAAACUCCCGGCUAGCCAGUUCUCUAGGGAACUUGAACGCCGCCGCCGCAGAGGAUGCAGACAACAAAAAGCCCGCCGCAGCCUCGAAGGUGGGUUUCGUCGCCAGCCCGUUCAGCAACCUCUUGAAUGGCAGCUCCCAGCCGCCCGGCAGAAAUUACCCUGAGCUCAACAACAACCAGUACAGCAGAAGCGGCGGCAGCAGUGGGAGCCCCCUGGGCGGUCCGCCGAGCCCCCCGGGCGCCAAGGCCGAUGCGCACAGCCCCGCCCUGCGGCCCGCCUACACCGGCCUCUCCUCGUCCUCCGCGAGAUUCCUGAGCCGAUCGAUCCCCGUAAGUUCGCAGACACCACCUCUUGGCCCUCAGAACCCUGAGCGCAACUAUUGUGCCUUGCCUUCCCAGCCCAGGCUGCCCCCCAAGAAAGUGAAUAGCGCCAAGGACGCCUUCUGAUCGCGGCCCUCCCUCUGUGCCUGAAACUGUCUCUGCACGUCCAUUCUGCCGGCCCCUCUUCAAGUAAAUGCCGAGUUUCAACGCGAUGUGCUUCCUUCCUUCUUUUUCUUCUCUCUCCAUUCCUUUUAAAGUGAUUUCUCUAGGAAGGGAAGCGGCUUCGGUUACUUUCCAGUUAAGUGUUCGAAUCACCCUGCACUUGGGGUGCAAAGUCAGGGGCGGAGUCACAGGACAGACAGCAUCGGCUCUGGCUUUAGUGGUACCCUGGCUUUUUCUCAUCACACAACAGUGUGGAUGAAUCUGGAGUAUUUAAACGCGGCAGGUGCUGAAUGAACAGUGUCUUCUCAGAACUAACCAUUAAGCCCUUGACUGUGUCGCCUCCUGCAGGGAACUGACCCAGAAUUAAUUAAAUGGCACGUGAAGAGUACUUAGCAAGGCUGGGUACGCGCCUGGGGUGUAGGGAGGGGAAGACAGGUAACAGGAAGAUGUUGAAGCUCAGCUCUCACUCUUCUAGAAAUAGGAUGGAAGACCUCCAAACACAGUUUACCCAUGAGCUCUUCCUGGGGGUUCCCAAGCCCUGUUUUUAACUGGUUGGCCCUGUUAGGGUAAAGUCUCCUUGGGUCACCCCCAGCCACGAAUCACUCUAAUCACCUAUUUUGUUUGCCUCAAAGGGAAUUGAGGUCUGUGGGAAUCUGAGUUUUGAUCUGAAAGAACAAGGACAAAAUUGGAAGGAGAACUGGAUCCCACAGAUCAGGGCGAUGUCGGUGGGUGUUGGAGUGGGACGUUGCUCCACUCAGGCAGCGGCAAGCCCUGUGUUCCGGGGAGGCUGCGGUCUGGCACCUCUUCAUGCCCACUGUUCUUCACACCCUUUCUCAGCCUUCGUCCUGGAGAGGGGGGUCUCUGCAGGGCGGGGAGAGGAGAAGUGCGGCAGCUCUGUGCCUCUCAGCAAACCCAUACCCCGUGGGCAGUAGCCAGUGGGAUGCACCUUCCGUAGAUGGCAGUUUAGACACCACCACUUUCUUUUUUUUUUUUUUUGCUUUUUACUUUUUAGGGCUGCACCUGUGGCAUAUGGAAAUUCCCAGG